AUGUUAUCUAUCGCUUAUAUGGGUAUUUGGGUCAUUAUAAUCGUCAUUGGACAAGUAUCGGCUCUUUCUUAUAAUCGGCCGAAAUUUUGUUCGAAUGCAUCAUGGUAUCCGAAUGCUACGACUUUCGCAAAUAUGAGUAUGAUGGGUCCGCAACCUCGCGAUAUUUUUAUCAAUACAAACAAUACGAUCUAUGUUACUAGUCAAGCAGUUAAUAGUGUUCUUGUCUGGCAUGAAGGAAAUACUAUACCAAUCAAAAAUAUUUCUGGUAAUAUAUCAAGUCCCAUUGGUCUCUUCGUUACAACAGCAGGUGAAAUUUAUGUUGAUAGUGAUAAUUCAAUCGGUCGAAUUAAUAAAUGGACAUUAAAUUCAACAGUUGGUAUUUCAAUAAUGUAUACAUGCACAAAAUGUUAUGAUAUUUUUAUCGAUAUGAACAAUAAUCUUUACUGUUCCAUGAAAAAUUCUCAUCAAAUUGUUAUAAAAUCAUUAGAUGUUAUUUCAAAUGCAUUAACAAUCGUUGCAGGUACAGGAAAUGCUGGAAGUACUUCGUCUAUGCUAAGUAGUCCUUAUGGAAUCUAUGUUAAUACUAAUUUUGAUUUAUAUGUAGCAGAUUAUUUCAAUAAUAGAAUACAAUUAUUUCAAUCAGGACAAUUAAAUGCAAUCACAGUAGCAGGAGCAGGAUCAUUAAAUACUACAAUUGCACUCAAUGGACCAACUGGAAUUGUUCUCGAUGCUGAUAAUUAUCUCUAUAUUGUGGAUUGCAACAAUAAUCGUAUUGUUGGAUCAGGACCAAAUGGUUUUCGAUGUUUAGUUGGAUGUUCUGGUUUAAGUGGUUCAGCAGCAAAUCAACUAACUACUCCGAAAAUACUAAGUUUUGAUAGUUAUGGUGAAACAAUAACAUCAACUAUAGCGAAUGUAAAUACAUCAUUCAAUACAACUCAAUCAAAUAAUAUAAUAACAUUGCCCCGAACUAACGCUAUUUCAUACAAUCGACCUAAAUUCGAUGCAUCGGCUUCAUGGAGUGCUAAUGCAAUUACUUUUGCAGAUAGUAGUACAGUUGGUAGAAAUCCUUGGGGUAUUUAUGUCGAUACUCAUAACAGCAUAUAUGCUGUUAAUUCGCCAUCUGGUCGAAUACAAAUAUGGUUGAAUAAUAGCAUUAGUCUAUCACGAACGAUUUCCGGUAAUUUCUUAGAUCCUCAUUUCGUUUUCGUUACAAUUAAUGGUGAUAUUUAUAUCGACAAUGGAGCAAUGAAUGGUCGAGUUGAUAAAUGGGUAUUGAAUGGAAAUACUAGUGUUCCUGUCAUGUAUGUUAAUUCAUCGUGCUGGGGUCUUUUUAUUGAUAUCAAUAAUACUCUUUACUGUGCAUUGGGUGAUCAGAAUCAGGUUGUCACAAAAUCAUUGAAUACUAUGUCAAACAUAACAACAAUUAUUGCGGGAACAGGCUGCGCCGGAAGUACUUCGAAUAUGCUCUAUGGUCCUUAUGCAGUUUAUGUUAAUACCAACUUUGAUUUGUAUGUAGCAGAUCGUUACAAUGAUAGAAUUCAAUUAUUUAGAUCAAGACAAUUAGAUGCAAUCACAAUAGCAGGAGAUAGCUCUCUAACUCCUACAAUUACAUUAGACAAACCAAUGGGAAUUGCUUUAGAUGCUGAUAAUUAUAUUUUUAUUGUGGAUAAUCAUAAUCAUCGUAUUGUUGGAUCAGGACCGAAUGGUUUUCGAUGUUUAGUUGGAUGUUCUACUCAACCGGGUUCAGCAUCCAAUCAGCUAAACUGGCCACAAACGUUUGGCUUUGAUAGUUAUGGAAAUAUAUUUGUCACAGAUUGCGCAAAUAAUCGUGUGCAAAAGUUUAUUCUAUUAAAAAAUACUCUCGAUCCUGCGUACAACCAACCAAAAUUUUGUUCAAAUGCAUCAUGGUAUCCAGAUGCACUCACUUUUACUAAUAUCAGUACAGUUAUCGGAUCUCCUUUGGCUAUUUUUGUCAAUACUAAUGACACAAUUUAUGUUGCUGAUCGAGCAAAUAAUGAAAUUCGGAUAUGGUUCAAUAAUAGUAUCGAUCGGACACAAACAAUUCACGGUAAUUUUUCAGCAUCUUAUUCUAUUUUUGUCACAACUUAUGGUGAUAUUUAUGUUGACAAUGGAGCACUCUACCAUCGAGUAGAUAAAUGGACAUUGAAUGGAAACACCAGUGUUCCUGUCAUGUAUGUUAAUACACCGUGCUAUGGUCUCUUUGUCGAUACUACUGAUACUCUUUAUUGUUCAAUGUUUAAUUUUCAUCAGGUUGUCAAAAGAUGGUUGAAUGAUAGUUCUAGUACAUUAACAACUAUUGCUGUAAUUUUAAUUGUUAUUGAUGCACUUCGUUAUGAUUUUAUUAAACCAAAUGAUAAUUUAAUCAAUAGUACUUAUCUUAAUCAAAUGCCAUUUAUUAAAGAAUUACUUAAAAGAAAAUCUAAACAAUCUGUUCUAUUUAAAUUAAUUGCUGAUCCACCAACAACAACACUUCAACGUUUAAAAGCAUUAACAACUGGAACAUUACCAACAUUUAUUGAUGUAUCAUAUAAUUUUAUUGGAUAUGAAAUUGAAGAAGAUAAUAUUUUAAAUCAAUUAAAAGAAAAUUCUUAUCAAAGAAAUAUAUCAUUAUUAGGUGAUGAUACAUGGUUAGCACUUUAUCCAAAUAUACCAUUUAAACAUUUACAUGUCUAUCCAUCAUUUGAUGUUCAUGAUUUAGAUACAGUUGACAAUGGUAUUCUUAAACAUUUAUGGACAGUUAUUGAAGAUACACAACAUCAUCAACAAUUAUCAUUUAUUAUUGCUCAUUUUUUAGGUGUUGAUCAUUGUGGUCAUCGAUAUGGUCCAUUACAUAUUGAAAUGAAACGUAAAUUAAAUCAAAUGGAUGAAGUAAUUCGAAAUAUAACUUUAUCAAUAAAUAAAUCUAAUAUUUCAUCACUUCUAAUGAUUAUUGGUGAUCAUGGUAUGACACAACAAGGUGAUCAUGGUGGUGAUGAAUUAAAUGAAAUUGAAACCGCAAUGUUUCUCUAUACAAAUAAACCCAAUUAUUUUUCAUUAUCUAAUAAUAAACAAUAUACUGUUUCACAAAUCGAUCUUGUUCCAACACUUUCAUGGUUUCUUCAUACAUUAAUACCAUUUUCAAAUAUAGGUAUGAUGAUUAUUGAUGUCAUACCUAAAGAACAACGAUAUCUAGCAAUGAAAUUAAAUUUUGAACAAAUGGAAAUUUAUUUAAAACAUAUUUCAUUAACACUUCAAUUAUCUGAUAAAAUACAUGAAUUACGUGCUAGUUUACAUACAAUAUUUAUAACAUUUGAUAGAGAAAGAAAUUUAACACAAAUUGAAAAUUUAUUUAAUGAAUUUAAAUUUGAAUUACAAACACAUUUUCGUCGACAAUGGUCAACAUUUAAUAUAUUUCGUAUUGUUCUUGGAUUAAUUAUUAUGUUAUUAUCAUGUAUAAUACUUCUAUUUAUUUAUUUUGAAUUUUCAAAAAAAUCUAUUGAUUAUAAAAAUAUAAUUUUUACUAUUAGUCUUACAUUAAUAUAUUUUGCAAUAUCAUUUUCGAAUAGUUUUAUUAUUAAUGAAGCAAUAUGUCUUUAUUUUCUUAUUCAAACAAUAAUAUUAAUAACAAAAAUGAAUAUUUUCAAAAAAUUUCUUCUUUCGUUUCUUUUAUUUUUAACACGAAUAUUUCUUAUUUGUCGUGAAGAACAACAACCAUAUUGUAUUGAUCCUCUAUGGUUAUUAUCAAAAUCUUCAGAUACUUCUCAUUAUUUUCUUCCAUUUAUGGCAUCAAUUGCUUGGUUUAUUAUUCUUAUUUUAAGCUCAAAUUAUUCUUAUAUAUCAUAUAUAAUCAUUGUUGCUUAUUGGUUUAAUAUAUCUCAUACAUUAUCAAUAUUUUAUUUGAGUGUUAUCAUUCAAUUUUGUUUUGUUUUAUUUAAACCAUCUCAUAUAGAUACAUUGAUUUAUUCAAUUCUUAUAUUUGUAGUUGGUUAUCGAUUUUCAUUUGUGAUAUUUUUACAAUAUUUUAUAUAUUAUAUAAUUUUUAAGAAUAAUAAGAAUAAUCAAUCAUUACCACUUUUGUUAUCAUUAUUAGCGGAUUAUUUUUUUUAUGCAACCGGCCAUCAACCAGUUCUUUCACAAAUACGUUGGACAGCAGCAUUUCCAACAAUAAAUACGCCAUUACAUAUUUAUCUUUCAUCAAUUAUUAAUUCAUUAUUUGUACGUGGAGUUUUCGUUCUUAUUGAAACAUUUUCUGGUCAGAUAUUAAAUAUUAUUCUUAUUCGUAAAAUGAUUCCAAAGAAAUAUCAAGGAAAUUUAUUAAAACAUAUUCUAAUUGUUGAUUGUUUUAAACUAUUGAUGACAUCAUUAAGUGUAUUUAUAUUAAGACGACAUUUAAUGUUAUGGAAAAUAUUUUCUCCACGAUUUUUAUUUCAACUUGUAGGAUUUAUUAUUAAAUGUUUAUUUGUUUUUUUGACAAUGAAACUACAAAAAUGA